CCGCCGCACGCUCUCGUGCACCGCCCGAGGGUGAGAUGGACGCGAACGAGGAUAUCGCCCUGCCCCCACUCCUGGAACGACUCGCCGCGGACGCGCGAGAUGUCUUCACCGAGCACGUGCUCUCGCGGUUCGACGGCGGUGACCUCGCGGUGCUCGCGCUGGUGAGCAGGAGCACGCGCGACGCCGUCUUCACGUCGUCCGUCGGCGAGGUCAACGACCUCGCGGCGGUGAGGAGAGAGCUCGCGAGGGUGCCGAACUUCGUCGGGUCGGUCGGCAGGCUGGCGUGGGCGAAGGAGCGAGGGUGUCCGUGGAACGCGAAGACGUUCAUGUGCAUCGCGGAGGAUGGGAAUCUGGAGGUCGCGAAAUGGGCGAAGGAACGAGGGUGCCCGUGGAACACGCAUACUUGCGCCCAGGCCGCGAGUGGCGGCCACCUGGAGGUGCUACAGUGGGCGCGAGCGAACGGCGCUCCGUGGAACGAGUGGACUUGCCGCGAUGCCGCGGAAGGCGGCCACCUGGAGGUGCUGCAGUGGGCGCGAGCGAACGGAUGUCCGUGGAACGAGUGGACUUGCCGCGAUGCCGCGAAAGGCGGCCACCUGGAGGUGCUACAGUGGGCGCGAGCGAACGGAUGUCCGUGGGACGAGUGGACUUGCGCCGGAGCCGCGGAAGGCGGCCACCUGGAGGUGCUGCAGUGGGCGCGCGCGAACGGCGCUCCGUGGGACGUGAGGACUUGCCGCGAUGCCGCGGAAGGCGGCCACCUGGAGGUGCUACAGUGGGCGCGAGCGAACGGCGCUCCGUGGAACGAGUGGACUUGCCGCGAUGCCGCGGAAGGCGGCCACCUGGAGGUGCUACAGUGGGCGCGAGCGAACGGUUGUCCGUGGAACGAGCGGACUUGCCGCGAUGCCGCGAAAGGCGGCCACCUGGAGGUGCUACAGUGGGCGCGAGCGAACGGUUGUCCGUGGAACGAGCGGACUUGCCGCGAUGCCGCGAAAGGCGGCCACCUGGAGGUGCUACAGUGGGCGCGAGCGAACGGAUGUCCGUGGGACGAGUGGACUUGCCGCGAUGCCGCGGAAGGCGGCCACCUGGAGGUGCUACAGUGGGCGCGAGCGAACGGCGCUCCGUGGAACGAGGUUACUUGCACUAAAGCCGCGGAAGGCGGCCACCUGGAGGUGCUACAGUGGGCGCGCGCGAACGGCUGCCCGUGGAACAAGGAUCCUUGCUCCGGAGCCGCGGCAGGCGGCCACCUGGAGGUGUUGCAGUGGGCGCGAGCGAACGGAUGUCCGUGGGACGAGUGGACUUGCACUAAUGCCGCGGAAGGCGGCCACCUGGAGGUGCUGCAGUGGGCGCGAGCGAACGGCUGCCCCAGUGGCCGCCCCAACUAA